ACAUCCAGAAAACACACUCAAAAUCCAAUAACCAAUAGCAUUUUGGUGAAAAUGAUUCUCUUUGUCUGUCUCUUUGCUCUCCUAUUUUCUUCCUCCUCCCAUGCAGCUGAUUUCUGUGUUGCAAAACUAAAGGGUGCAGGAAAUCCUGCAGGGUAUGCCUGCAGAAUGCCCUCAAAGGUCACAGUCGAUGAUUUUGUGUUUACUGGCCUUGGCGUUGCUGGCAACACUACCAACAUUAUCAGUGCUGCCGUGACCCCAGCUUUUGUACAGCAAUUUCCCGGUGUAAAUGGGCUUGGUCUAUCCAUGGCUCGACUAGACCUAGCACCAGCUGGUGUUAUCCCAAUGCACACGCACCCUGGUGCAUCCGAAGUCUUAUUUGUUGUGCAAGGUAAGAUCACCGCUGGAUUCAUCUCCAGCUUGGCCAACACUGUCUACGUAAAGACUCUUAAGAAGGGUGAUGUUAUGGUGUUUCCACGAGGGCUGUUUCACUUUCAAAUAAAUGAUGGUGAGAUAAAUGCAGUCGCUGUUGUUAGCUUCAGUGACCCUGAUCCUGGCCUCCAAAUCACUGAUUUUGCGUUCUUUGCCAAUAACUUGUCCUCAGAGUUGUUGGAGAAAUCCACUUUUCUUGAUGAUGCUCAGGUUAAAAAGCUCAAGAAAGUUCUUGGUGGAACUGGCUAGGCUAGCUUACUGAAAACUUUUUCAUCCAUUUCUUCAUGUGUUUUAAUUAGACUAAGUAAUGUGGUUGUGUUCUCAUCAAUUGUUUUUCAUUUUUUGCAAUUUUGUUUCGUUUUAAAUUUGAAAGCUCCAUUAAUUAA